CCGCGGAAGACAAAGGAGCGGGGAGGGGGCGCCAGCAGCUCCCGGGCCGCCGGGGCCUCUCCGCCGCCGCCAUGGCCGCCAACGGCACGGCCGAGGCGGUGCAGAUCCAGUUCGGCCUCAUCAACUGUGGCAACAAGUACCUGACGGCCGAGGCGUUCGGGUUCAAGGUGAACGCGUCGGCCAGCAGCCUGAAGAAGAAGCAGAUCUGGACGCUGGAGCAGCCGCCCGACGAGGCGGGCAGCGCGGCCGUGUGCCUGCGCAGCCACCUGGGCCGCUACCUGGCGGCCGACAAGGACGGCAACGUGAGCUGCGAGCGCGAGGCGCCGGGCGCCGACUGCCGCUUCCUCAUCGUGGCGCACGACGACGGCCGCUGGUCGCUGCAGUCCGAGGCGCACCGGCGCUACUUCGGCGGCACCGAGGACCGCCUGUCGUGCUUCGCGCAGAGCGUGUCGCCCGCCGAGAAGUGGAGCGUGCACAUCGCCAUGCACCCGCAGGUCAACAUCUACAGCCUGACCCGCAAGCGCUACGCGCACCUGAGCGCGCGGCCGGCCGACGAGAUCGCCGUGGACCGCGACGUGCCCUGGGGCGUCGACUCGCUCAUCACGCUCGCCUUCCAGGACCAGCGCUACAGCGUGCAGACGGCCGACCACCGCUUCCUGCGCCACGACGGGCGCCUGGUGGCGCGCCCCGAGCCCGCCACCGGCUACACGCUGGAGUUCCGCUCGGGCCGGGUGGCCUUCCGCGACUGCGAGGGCCGCUACCUGGCGCCGUCGGGGCCCAGCGGCACGCUCAAGGCGGGCAAGGCCACCAAGGUGGGCAAGGACGAGCUCUUCGCGCUUGAACAGAGCUGCGCGCAGGUGGUGCUGCAGGCGGCCAACGAGCGCAACGUGUCCACGCGCCAGGGUAUGGACCUGUCCGCCAAUCAGGACGAAGAGACGGACCAGGAGACCUUCCAGCUAGAGAUAGACAGGGACACCAAAAAGUGCGCCUUCCGCACCCACACGGGCAAGUACUGGACACUGACGGCCACCGGGGGCGUGCAGUCCACCGCGUCCACCAAGAAUGCCAGCUGCUACUUUGACAUCGAGUGGCGGGACCGCCGCAUCACGCUGCGGGCGUCCAACGGCAAGUUCGUGACGGCCAAGAAGAACGGGCAGCUGGCCGCCUCGGUGGAGACCGCAGGGGACCCGGAGCUGUUCCUCAUGAAGUUGAUCAACCGGCCCAUCAUCGUGUUCCGCGGCGAGCACGGCUUCAUCGGCUGCCGCAAGGUCACGGGCACCCUGGACGCCAACCGCUCCAACUACGACGUCUUCCAGCUCGAGUUCAACGACGGUGCCUACAACAUCAAAGACUCGACGGGCAAGUACUGGACGGUGGGCAGCGACUCGUCGGUGACCAGCAGCAGCGACACGCCCGUGGAUUUCUUCUUCGAGUUCUGUGACUACAACAAGGUGGCCAUCAAGGUGGGCGGCCGCUACCUGAAGGGGGACCACGCCGGGGUCCUUAAGGCCUGCGCCGACUCCGUGGACCCCGCCUCGCUCUGGGAGUACUAGGGCCCCGCCCCCGCCCCACCCCACCCCGCCCCUGCCCCAGGUUGAGGUGCCCCUUGCCUUUGAACUGGAACCCCCAGACCUCCCGCUGCCCGCCGUGGACCCCGCCCCGCAAUCCCUCCGCCCCGUGGCCUGUUCUUGGAGGGGUCUCGGGUCCCUGAGCCCCCUUCUCUGCCGCGGGCUGGGCUGCCACCUCUUUCCUCUGACCUCAGACGACUCUGAGCCUUAUCUGUGGAGGUGGCCCAGGAGAAGCGGGGUGGAAAACUGGAAUGGGGGGCUCUGCCCACCCGGGCGCCCCCUCUGCCCCGCCCCUGCCCCCCCCCGCCCGGCCAUGCAGCAGGAAGGGGAGCCCUUGGGGGCAGGGCGAGGCCUGUGUCCGCCCCCCUCCGCCUGCAGAGGUUCAGCCUGGCUCCCGGGGUGCCGGGGAUGGUGUGGGGGACCCCUGCUCCUGUCUCUCCCCUCUCACCCUGGCCUGACUGGAAGCAGAAAUUGACCAAAUCAGUAUUUUUUUUUCCUUCUUUUUAACGCUCUGUGAUUGUUGGAGGCACCCUGGGCAAAGCCUGCUGUAGCCGUGAGUGGCCAGCGAGGGGUCCCGGGCAGCUGCCUCCGCCUCCAUGCUGUCCCCUGUCUCCCGCUCUCCUGCCCAGCCCCAGCCCUGCUGGGAUCGGUGCUCCACGAGUCUGACUGGACCCCGGGGGCUCCCGGGUGGGGUGAAGUCAGGGGCGCCCUCAGCCGGGAGUCCUGGGCCCAGGUGCAGGGACCCCAGGCUCCCAGCCCCCUCCCCCACGCCCUCCAUCUCCCUCUGGGUGUCUUGGUCUUUUAUUUUUUGUAAGUGUCAUUUGUAUAACUCCAAAUGCCCAUGAUAGUUAGCAUCAAACUGGAAGAGCAAAAUAAAACGCUGCGGAGU